AUGUCUCUGCCCUCAAAAUCAACAGCGCCAGCCCUCUUCGUCGACCAAGACUGCAACUACAAAAUCAUCCACGAUGUGCCCGUGCCCGGGCUCGUCCCAGGCGAAGUCGUCGUCAAGGUAUCCUUCUCAGGCGUCAACCCGGCCGACAUCAAGCACGCGCCGCACCUCGGCGUCCGGUCCACGGUGAUGGGCUACGACUUCAGCGGCCACGUCGUCGGCGCAAACCCGGGCUCGCCCUUCAAAACCGGCGACGUCGUGGCCGGACACACGCCGACCGGCGUUGGCAAGCCGUGGAAGUACGGCGCCCACCAGGAGUACCUCGCCUGUCCCGAAGAGCUCCUCUUCAAGGUGCCGGCCAACCUCCCUCUGGACCACGCAGCGGCUCUCACGACCGUUGUGGCGACGGCUGCCGACGGGCUGUACAGCAUCUUCAACUAUCCUCUUCCGGGAGACCAGCCCGCCGCGGGGUUCACGCCAGGGCCGCUGCUCAUCUGGGGCGCGUCGACGAGCGUGGGGCUGUGCAUGCUGCAGCUCGCCCGCGCAAGCGGCGCAUCCCCCAUCUUCGUGACCGCAUCGCCGAAACGGCACGCCCUACUGGAGAAGCUCGGUGCGACGCGCUGCUUCGAUUAUGCGUCCCCGGACGUAGUCUCGGCGAUCGAGGCCGCGGUGGCGGAGGCGGGGGCGCGGCCGAUUGCGUACGCCGCCGACUGCGCCGGGUCGGUGGGCGAGGACAGCUCGGCGGAGCAGAUGCUGCGGUGCGUCGGCGCGCAUGCGAGCGUGCUCUCCGUGGUCGGCGGGAAGAACAAGCGCCUCAAGAUGCCGCUGGCCUCGGCGCAUUCGCCGGUGAAGCUGGCGUUCGGGGCCGAGCCGACGGUCGAGAUCCCUGCGAGGCCAGAGGCGGCGGCGAAGAUGUGGAAGUCGGUGCACUGGGCUGUGGACAACUACGGCACCAAGUUUGAGUUGCCGGUGGUGGAUGUGUUCAAGGGUGAGGCCGAGAAGGCGCUGGAGGAGGUGAAGAAGGUGGCGGUGCUGGGAAAGUUUGGCAAGUUGUCCGGCGCCGGGGCCGUGAAGCGGGUCGGCCGCGGCCUGUGGUCUCCCGCGAACCGCAUCCUCUUCGCCGGGUUCCUGGUCUCGCUCACCCUCGGCAUCACCCAAGUCCCCAUCAUCUACGUCUUCCGCGUCAUGGCCUGCGAGCAGUUCUACAACACGCACCCGCCCUUUGACGGCCCCGCUUCGGAGCAGUGCAUGCGCCGCGAGAUCGACGCCAACACGGCGCGCCAAGUCUCCAUCCUCGGUAUGACGACCUCCAUCUGCGGCAUCCUCAACCUCUUCAUCUGCGGCGACCUCAUCAAGCGCUGGGGCACCCGAUGGGCCCUCGUCAGCCAGACGGGCUUGCUCGGCAUCCGCGUCGCGUGCCAGAUCGUCGCCGUCUCGGCCGGCGGGCAGCGCGGCAUUGAUUUAAUGCAGUACACCCAGCUGAUCGGCAUCCUCGGCGGGCCGCGGGGAUACAUGCUUGUGCUGAACACCGCUGUUGCUGAGGUGGUUGAGAGAAGAAAGCAUACGGGCGUCUUUGGAAGGCUGCAAGGCGCGGUCAUGAUCGGCACUGCCAUUGGCUACUUGCUGGGAGGAGUUAUCGGGGAUGUCUUCGGCAUUGUGAGCCCGUUCGUGUCUGCCGUGGGCUGCUUCGCUGUUGCCACGACAUACGGCGGCAUCUUCUGGCCUUCGCCGCCUGAAAACGAUGAUGAGGCGAAUGGAAAGACGACCUCGGGCGCAUCUGGCUUCUUGGCCCCGAUUAAAGUCCUCAUGCCGCAGAAGUACCGCCUCGACAACGGCAAGAUUAUCAGGAACUACGGCCUGGUCUUCCUCGCCCUGGGUAUCUUCUUUGGCGUAUUCGCCACGGGCUACGCCCCCAUUCUGAUCCAGAUGUACGCAACCUCCCGCUUCAACUUCGGCACCACGGAGAACGGCAUCCUCAUGUCCGGCAACGCAUGGAUCCGCGGCGUCUUCCUGAUGUUCAUCUUCCCCGAAAUCAUCGACGGCGGCAGGAGAUGGUUCGCCAAGUCCACCCACGCUGGAGCUCUCCAAAAGACUCUUACUGAAGAGGAGCGAAACUUGAUCCCCACCCAUCCCGAAGACAUGGACCCGGCGCCCGGGCUGAUGAACGCCUCGGAGCCGACGAAAGCACCCCCCGAAGAAGAAGAUGAAGAUAGCACAUUCGAUCUGUUCUUCCUCCGGUGGUCUCUAGUUGUCGAUGGCAUCGUGACGUCCCUCGCGGCUUGGGCAACUGAGGGAUGGCACGUUUAUCUGGCCGCUUUCCUGUUGCCGUUCGCCUCCGGGUCCGCUCCGGCCGCCAAGGGCGUCAUCACCGAGAUGUGCCCACCCCACCAGCGUCAAGAUGCCCUGAGUGCAGUCACCCUCGUAGAAAGCGCGGCUACGUUGACGACGCAGGGCCUGUUUGGUCUCAUCUUUGCGUCUUUAGCGGCCAUCGGCAAGCCAAACUUGACGUUUUUCUGCAAUGCGGCCCUCGCCGUUGUCGCCGUCGGUGUCUUGCUUCUGGCGCAUUACCCACCACCCGACAGCGUUAGAGUUGACGAGGAGACUGAAGAGAGUAGUCCACAGGAGUAA